CUGCCAGACCGGAAGCGUUAGCUUUAGCCGUUUUAGGCUUUUUCGGCUAAUAGUUGCAGGCUUGUCUUCUAGUGGCUUUGCUAGUAUGUUUUAAGGAUUCGGGCGGCUAUAGGUUAAUACGGCUUGCCAUACACGCUCUGUCACCAACACGUGCAGUCCCCAUGUAAUCCAUUAUGCGUCGUCUGUCGGGUGCUGUCCUUUUAAAAACCUCUUGCGGAUAUUAUUGUCGACGUUCAUAUGGAGUACUCACCGGACAGCAGUACACAAGCUCAGAUUCAAAGCAGUACGAUGGAAGGUUGUAUCCAAGUCAUAUCCCAACAAGUUCUGUACAGAAGGCUGUUUUGGCUUUAGGUUCUGGUGUGGCUGCUCUGAAGAACCCCUACAGACAUGAUAUGGUUGCAGUGCUUGGGGAAGCCACAGGGCACCAGGCCCUGAUCAAGUUAAGGAAUCGGAUGAGAAUUGACCCUGAAGGUUACACUAUUCUCAAAGAGCGUCCAAGGAUCCGUCUGUCUACGUUAGACCUCACUCAAAUGUCUGCUUUGCCAGAUGGGACUUUAGGAAGAGAGUAUCUCCGUUUCCUAGAAGAAAAUAGAGUCACCCCUGACUCAAGAGCUGAUGUAAAGUUUGUGGACGAUGAGGAGUUAGCGUAUGUCAUGCAACGAUAUCGUGAGGUCCAUGACCUAUUGCAUACCUUGCUUAGUAUGCCCACCAAUAUGCUAGGUGAGGUUGUUGUGAAAUUGUUUGAAGCUGCACAGACUGGUCUGCCCAUGUGUGUUCUGGGUGCAACGCUUGGACCCCUCCGUCUGUCUGUCAGUCGUCUACAGUUGCUGGUUCAGUCUCUGGGACCAUGGGCUCUGCGCAAUGGCGGUCGUGCCCGAUGUGUUCUGAGCAUUUUCGAACGGCGCUGGGAGCAGAACCUUGAUGAGUUGAGACACGAAUUGAACAUUGAUCCACCACCUGUCAAUCUGAUCCCAUCCAACGAGAAUACAUCCUCAAACUCUUAGUACACUCACCUGUGUAAUUGACGGAAAUUUGUACGUUUUAGCUUGUGGGAGAGCCCCACAAGGAAACUACAUACAUUCUAUUGGCAACAAAGAUCACCUUUUCCUUCUUCCUCCUAUGAUGGGAAAUGAUGCCUCAAAAAAAAAAAAAAAAAAAAGUAAUGUAACAAUGUAAAAAUACUAUGGCAUGAAUAGGGAAGUAAUUAGGUUGUUCAGAAAGAAGAUGAAGGAAGUUUAAUAUAAAACAUUUUGUAAGCAUCUAUUCACUGUUGAUUUAUAGAAUUAUAGGAGCACACUUGAUACUAGAAUGUUCAUUGUUGCUACUACAGUGGAGUUAAACCAGCACAUGAACAAAAUUGUGACAUCCUUAUUUUUUUAUUUUGAAAGUUUUGAUGAUAAUAAUAAUACACAUUUUAUUGCUAUUUAUAUUUUGUCAUUUUGUUUGUUUAUUUAUAAUUAAAUAUUAUCUCAAAAUAAAGAAAGAAAAAUAAUCCGUUUGAUCAGA